GCGAGUUUUUGCUCGCUCUCUGAGUCCGAGCUAAAUGACUUCCAUCGUGCCUUCGUUACAACGACAACUCGUCGCUGAGGAUGCGGUACUCCCUCAAAUAGGAUUACGAUUUACUUGACUUUCGGACGCCACCCUGUGUGCUGUUGAUGGGUUUUCAGCUUUGUGGCUGCAGUCACGGCCUAACUGUUCUUCGUACAAUUUGGGGAUUCCAGACAAACAGUUGACGGCGCUUUGCAAACUGCCCUCAGAUUCUACUUUGUUUCACCAUUGCCUUCAAUCACAAGAUUCCAUUGCCAGUGACGGCAUCCUCCCAGAACCAUAAUUAUCUGGCCCAUCUCUUGGGAAGAAGAAGGCGAAUAUGGUUCUAGUCUCCACCAGACGUGUAACUUUUCUGCUGCUGUGCCUGAGCAUUAUGCUCUGUGCUCAUGCACAAUUACCUGGUGGUGGACCACUUGAAGAAUACCAUUUUCUUCACUCCAAGGUAACAGGUGUGACAUGCAACACUACCGACCCGAAUACGAUACGAUUUGUACACCUAGGUAAUGGCGGCAGUAGUACACCCCGACUGGUUCCUUUUUACGAUGCUUCUGAUCCAACCCAAACUGAGUACCAGCGUUUGAUUUCAAAUUCAAGCAGCUUCUCCAUCUACCAGCUUCACAUUAUCAAUUAUGACGGAGUGCGAGCAGUCUACGCGUGUGGGCCAGUAACAUCACUUGCCACUAGUUGGUAUACCAUUCUGCGCACUGAGCCAAUUGUGGGCAUGAACACUGUUGCUGGUGCUAACACUGGACUGGGUAAUCAGCCGGGCAUACCACAUGUUUUCAAUGAAGGAUCACCCAUCCCACCAGUUGUCUGUUUUCCUAAUACUGGACAGCCAAGAAGGAACACGGUAACACUCAACAUAACUUAUGAUGAUGGUCGCACAGAAACAUUCCGACCACCCCCCGUUGCCAGAGGAGUAGAUUUCCCAAUCCGCAGUGCCCGGAAUUCAUCUGGGGUCUAUGUGUGCUACGCCGCGAAUGAAGCAAACACUGUCCCUAUUGCUAUCACAUUCAAUGUAACCGUAUAUUUCCGACCUGACUUCUCUAACACUGAGCGUGAACGUUCUGUUGUUGAGGGUACCAGGCUGUUCUUGACAGUCUAUGUGUCCAGCCGUCCCGACCUGACUGGGUUUGACUUCAUCAGUGCCAGUGGUGUCAGGUCCUCGUUGCUGUCCCAAUAUCAAGCUGCAGCACCCACUAACAAUCUAAUGACUGAGCGCAAGGUGACAGCUCUGGAUGUAGCAUCAGCGGAUUCAACUCAUAAUGGCGUGUACGUGUGUGAAGCAACCAAUCAAAUUUCCGGUGGUCCAGGUUCAAGCUCAGUCAAUAUCACUGUCCGCAUUAUCAGCCCUCCCGGUGCAGCACGUAACAUCACCCUUCUCUCCCACGCCUCCACCUUCAUUGAACUGUCCUAUGUGCAACCGGCUGAUAAUGGAAAUUCCUAUAUCACCGGCUACAGAGUGAUGUGUAGCACUGAUUUUGGUGAUGCCAGUCGUGAAGGACAUGUUGUGGCAGCUAAUGUGUCCGACCUCACUGCCAACAUAACAAGUCUGUAUGCUGGAGAGACCUACACAUGCACAGUUGAAGCUAGAAAUGAAGCCGGCUUUGGAUCAUCAGCCUCAUAGAGUGUACAUCUUCUACAGGGUGCACCAUGUAAACCAGAAGUAAUGCAAAACGCCGUGCCAGGCAUCCUGUCUCUACAAGUGUUCUUCCCUUGUGAUGGCGGCAAUGCGGCCACUUGCACUAUAAUCAUAGCUCCAGUCGGUUUUUCAAGUGCUGUAUCAUGUGCAACUGGACAGAGAAUCACUGUGAAUGACACCACUGCUGUCGCUGGUAUCACCUACACCUAUACAAUCACUAUAGAUAACGGCCUGGCAUUAUCCACAAUAUCCAGCACAGCCACAAUUUCGACUGCACCAACUGGUUCGUCAGGGACAUUGGAACAUAGCACCGCUAACUCCUACCAAAGCAUUUCAACAGGAACCAAUGCAUCAUUGACUUCGUCAUCAGGUGAUUCACUGGCAUCUCCAGAAGAUACCAAAGUGAGUAAUACUCCAGUAAUAGCGCUUUCUGCGGCGUUGGGGCUGGCCAUUUGUGUCAUCAUUUUCAUGAUGAUCAUAGUCAUCAGAGCUACAAGACAUCAAUCUCAACAUAGGUCUGCAGCUGUGAGAAAAUAUGUGAUGAAUCCAUCUACUGCACAGCGCCCACGCCUGAUACCGUCAGACGAGCUGGUGGCAAAUGAAGCGUACGGAAUCACUGCGGCUGUUCCUGAGCAACUCUAUGCUGAGACAUCUGAGAGCGGGAAUGCAACAAAUACCUCAGUAAACACAAAUGAAGCCCCAUCAAGGUCUGCAGCUGUGAGAAAAAAUGAGGUAGAUCCAUCUACUGCACAGCACCCACGCCUGAUACCGUCAGACGAGCUGGUGGCAAAUGAAGCGUACGGAAUCACUGCGGCUGUUCCUGAGCAACUCUAUGCUGAGGCAUCUUAGAACAGGAAUGCAACAAAUACCCCAUCAGACAUAUUUGGAGCUCAAUCAAGUCCAUUGCAAACAGGAGCGGCAAAAAAUCCAUCUUACGCCUAUUUGAACAUGGUCCCUCUUGGCGGAGCUGAAGGAAGCCCUGGAGAGCAUGAUACGUCCACUGUUGCAACGGGUCACACAUAUGAGGCUCUCAAUCAGAACAAUGCUAGCAGUGGUGUCACCUCCCAUGCAUAUGGCACUGUUGCAGAUUUGUUGUAAUAUGGUGAGAAGAGAGAGAGAGAGGGAGAAAUCGAGACACACAUACACAAGUGGUGGAUAUGUAUGUGAGUGAGUGGAUGAGUAGGUACUCGUGUGUGUUUGUCCACGCCGGCAUGCUAGUGUGUGUUUGGUGUGUGGGUGUGGGUUUGUACUGAAGUAGGUGCGGUUGUGGAGUGUGAGUGUGAAUGUGUGUGGGUGUGGGUCUGCGUGUGGGUCUGCAUGUGGCUUUGUGGGUGUGAAUGUGUGUGGGUGUGGAUCUGCGUGUGAGUUUGCAUGUGACUUUGUGGGUGUGGAGGUUGUGAUUGUGCGGCAGUUGGUGUAUGCACUUAUGCCAGAUCGUGGCUAGAUCUGUAGAGUUUAUCCAAUUAUAUCUUCAGUUGAGAUGCUGUGGCAAAAAAGUCGCGGCGCAGCGAUGCGCAUCUAGCUCAAGCGAAACCGCCGACUCAGGCUGUUCACUCAGUGCCCAUAAGCCGUUCCGCUGAUUUACAACCAUUGCGUCAUUACCUCUAAUGUGUAAUCAUUGAUUUAAAUGCUUGUUCUGUCACUGUAUCUUUUGUGCAGCAUCUAUCUUUUCAGAACUUACUUUCCACACUGUUUUUCUUCUUUUCCCAACUACACAUGUACAAUGAUAAUUGUGCAUACCGGUACACAAACACGAGAUCCCCCCCCCCGGAUUGGGUAAUCCUGAAAUAAAGAUUAUUGUUAUUCAUUCGCACAACCUCCAUUGCCACCAGACUCGUUGGUUUGAGGUACAUUGUACUCAAAUGAUAUCCUCAGUACACUUAUGGCGCGUAGCAGUGUCACAGUUUUGCACCUUUUCUCUCCGUGUGUUUUCUGUCUCUUAAUACCUCUAAACACUGGAUCGCGCUUCCUGUUCUUCAUUUCAUUCUGUGUAUAAAACUGUGCUUCCAAAUUAAUUCCAGCCAUUCAUUGAUAUCCUCAGUACACUUAUGGCGUGUAGCAGUGUCGUUUUGCACCUUUUCUCUCCGUGUGUUUUCUGUCUCUUAAUACCUCGCUGGAAGCACUGGAUCGCGCUUCUUGUUCUUCAUUUCAUUCUGCGUAUAAAACUGUGCUUCCAAAUUAAUUCCAGCCAUUCAUUUUUUUAAAUCUUCAGUGAUGAGGCCUUAGUGGUCGAAACAGCGCUGCUUGGAGGAAAUUA